AUGACUGACGCGAGACAAGAGUCGAAUGACUGCGGGAUCUAUAACCCAUUAGAUUUGGAAUUCCAGCGGAGAAGACGGAUGUCUCGCCGGAACAUGAACUCGUCAGUCUCGGGGCUCGCACGCCGCUCGAAGAUGGACUGGAUCGUGAGGGUGAUGCCCAUCGUGCUCGGCUGCCUUCCGUCCCUCGGUCAAGGGCUUCCUCCGCGGAAGUCCUCGAUUGGGACUUCCGAAACGGAAUCCGAACGAGGAAUACUGCCGAUUGUUCGGGUCUCGGCACAUCAUGAGCAAAUUUGCAAAUACGAGAGCGUCGAUCCCGAGAGCGUCGUCGUGCGAUCGGGUUUCGAGGAGGCGGAGAAGCGUCAGAUCCUCGAAAUUCACAACGGAUCGAGGCGACGAGUCGCAUCGGGUGCGGAAAAAGCACCAAAUCUCGACAGGAAACAUAAAGAAUCGGUCUGGGACUCGGAACAGACCCGAAUCGCCCGACGUCGGUCGGAUCGGUGCUGCGAUUUCGAGCGGCCCCACGACGAAGAAGAUCGACCUCUGACCCGACCCGAGUGGAGCCAUUCGACCCAGAACGUCUUCUGGGCCUUCGGGUCCCCUCGGGUGGAAAGUCCAUGGCAGCUAGCUCUUUGGAAACGGUACGAAGAGGCGAAACAUUUCCCUAACGAGACCGUCGCCGGAUUCCGACGUUCGGAGGAAGGGGGAAUCGGCUAUUACACGGCCAUGAUAUGGGCCGACAGCCGAUGUUUGGGCUGCGGCGCCACCGUCUAUUCUCCGGCGCCUGCCGGUUCCGAGUGCGACCGGAUGUCUUCCGGAUGUCCCGAGCACAAGUACUCAUGCAGCGCCCCGGGUCUCUUCCCUCACCCGACGAGUUGGGAUCUCUAUUACGAAUGCAAGGGCAAGGGAGAGGAAGGAGCCCUUCGAUCUUGUUCCCCUCAGGUCGUGUUCGAUCCGGGCCAGAGAGCUUGUCUUUACAAAGAGGGGGAAGUCAGGAGGAAACGAGACGCGACGUCGCGGUGUUACUCUGAGGGACUCUUCCGUCUCGGUCGCUCCUGUUCCCGAUACUACAAAUGCACCAAGAAGAAGUUUGCAGCCGGUAUGCCGCGACCGUGGGAACAAAAGUCGAGGAUGGACGAUGGAGAUCCUUUCACUUUCGGCGUGGGGCAUCAGGAAAGGCAGAAGAGGGACGUUCAUGUGCCCUGGUGGAACCGAUUCUUUUCGAGCUUCGUCGGAGUUCAACCGCAACAAAGUAACCAAAUUCGCUCCAGAGUAGAGAGAGCAAGCCAUAACUCGAUUCCUGAUAAAAGAGAAGAUUUCGAAUUAACCCAACACAUUUGUCCUGAGGAAAACCUCUUCGACGAUCAUGCCGGACGCUGCGUACCUCGAGCCUCUCUGAACCGUUGGUUGGACUGCGACGAAGAUACUUCUUCUGAGACUUCGUCUGAAUCCAGGCGACACGUGACGAGGCAGGCACCAGAGGUCCGCUGUACGGAAGCAGGCUUCUUCCUUCAACCUGGGACGUGUACCAAGUUUUAUCGUUGCGUGGACUUCUUAGGCUCUGGAGUCCACUUCACUGUCUUUCAUUUCGAUUGUGGACCUGGGACCGUAUUCGACGACCGCUACAAUGUGUGCAAUCACCCACAGAAUGUGCCCAAUCUACAAUGCGCCGAGGGGGAAUUGGAAGCUGCGGUUGGGGAACCGGAACCAACUGGGGCUGGGUCUCAAGAUUCAGUUGAGCAACAGCCCAACACCGGUCAGCAAGGGCCUGAACGACGUACUACAGACCAGAAAGCACCCGGACUACCUAGUCCUCGUCAGCCAGGACCUGAACAACCCAGUCCCAGUAAGCAAGGAUCUGAGCAAUCUCAUCGUCCACAACAAGGAUCUGGAAAACCGAGUCCGCCUCAGGAAGAAUCUGCAAAACCCAGUCCCCAGAAAGGAUCUGUGAAACCCAGUCCUCAGAAAGGAUCUGGAAAACCGAGUCCUCCUCAGCAAGAAUCUGCAAAACCCAGUCCUCCAAGAAAAGAAUCUGGACAGUCUCGUCGUCCUCCGCAAGAAUCGGGAAAACCCACCCCCCCUCCUCAAGGAUCUGGACAGACUCAACCUUAUCCUGGUCAAAAAGGGAUUGCUUCGGAAGUUACUGAUCAAAUGAAGAUUCGACAAGACACCACCGCAGCAGUAAGCUCCCCGAGGAAUCCAAAAGUAAACUGUACCGAGGCUGGGUUUUUCCCAGUUCCUCAGUCCUGUCAGAGAUUCUACCGAUGUGUGGAUUGGGUUGGAGAUGGGUCGUCAUUCAGCGUUUUCUUCUUCAUCUGCGGACCUGGUACGGUGUUCAACGACGAGCUGGACGUGUGCGUGCAUCCGGGGAAUGUGGCGGAACAAUGCCCACCGGAGGAACAGGACCUGGGAGUUGCCGAGCCCGAACCCGAAGGACAACCUGAACCAGGAGUUGGAGAUGGAACCGUCGUGCAGCCGAGCACUUCGACGAGACGGCCGAGCACUUCGACGGUGCGGCCGAGCACUUCGACGAGACGACCGAGCACUUCGACGGUGCGGCCGAGCACUUCGACGAGACGACCGAGCACUUCGACGGUGCGGCCGAGCACUUCGACGAGACGACCAAGCACUUCAACGAGACGACCGAGCACUUCGACGAGACGACCGGGGACGACAGCCGCGGCUUCUUCCUCGGAAGAGUCGGACGAGAUGCCAACAACUCCUCGACCUAAUCUUCCAGAUGGAUCAAUUCCGUUCAGUUCUUCCAUUAAAGUGGACUGUACGGCAGCAGGGCUUUUCCAGGUUCCAGGAUCCUGCAUCAACUUCUACCAAUGCGUGGAUUGGUAUGGGAACGGGACGGUAUUCAGUUCUUUCUUCUUCACCUGCGCACCCGGAACGGUGUUCCAGGAGGACAUCCAAACCUGCAUCGCUUUUGAGACCCUGCCGAAUCCCAUGGACUGCCCCGAUCACGAGUUAGAGCAAUUGACAUCACCGCAACCAGAACCGGACGGAGACGAUGGGUCGACAUUACCAGCACCGGAACCCAUGUUCACACCCCCACCGGUCAAGGUGUUCUGCACGGAGCCCGGCUUAUUCCGACUCCCCGGUUCUUGCGUCAUGUCUUACCGCUGCGUGGAUUGGUUUGGCAACGGCACCUUUUCCGUCUAUUACUUUUGCUGUCCCCCGGGAACGGUGUUCGACGAUAUCCUGGACAUUUGCAAUUAUCCCUGGUCCAUUCAACCCCCUCUCAUGUGCAAUCCGGACGGAUCUAUCAUGAACAUGACCGAGGCACAGAUCGGGUCCACCACACCGACGACGACGACUCGCCGAACUGCUACUCAAACUUCGACUGGGACGACUGCCGAAUCGAGCGAGAGCGAAGAAUCGACCGAAUCCGAUUCGGCGACUGAAGAGACGAGCGAUGAGUCAUCCUCGAGCGAGGAGAGCGAAGAGAGCGAGGAGGAAUCCAGUGAGGAGGUUUCACCGAGACCAUCCACAACUACCAGGAGGACCACAACAAUGAGAUCAACACGAAGAACCACAACCACGAGACCGACAACAACUAGGCGUCCGACAACAACUAGGCGUCCGACAACAACUAGGCGUCCGACAACAACCAGGAGGCCGACAACAACCAGGCGUCCGACAACAACCAGGAGGCCAACAACAACCAGGCGUCCGACAACAACCAGAAGACCGACAACAACCAGAAGACCGACAACAACCAGAAGACCGACGACGACCAGGAGACCGACGACGACUAGGAGACCGACGACAACGCGUAGACCGACAACAAGCAGUACGACAACCACCAGAUCGACGAUCAGAGAGCCACCCGAAUGCACCGAAGCUGGAUUCUUCCGCGUCCCGGGGACAUGCAGGGACUUCUACCGUUGCGUGGACAUCUACGGAGACGGACUGGACUUUAAGGUCUUCCCCAUCAGCUGUCCCGGCGGAACGGUGUUCAACGAAGCAGUGAACACCUGUACGGCUCCGGAACUGGUUCAACCGCCGCUCGAGUGUCCCGAGGACGACACCACGACCUCCGGCACGGAAUCGACUCCGCCUCGUGCUUCAACGGAAACGGGAACGACUGAAACCUCGAGUGCCGAGUCCUCGGAAGAAACGACAUCGACCGGUGCAGAAACGUCAACCACAGACACGGACGCGACGACGAGCGUGACUUCGACGGACGUCGCGUCCACCUCGGAAUCGGGCGAGACGACCGACCUCACGUCCACCACGGGGUCCGACGCGACGACCGACGCGACGACCGACGCAACGACCGACGCAACGACGGAAUCGCCCACCAAGUCUUCCCCCGACAACGUGACGUGCACGGAAGAAGGCUUCUUCCCCCUUCCGGGUUCCUGUAAAAAAUUCUACCGCUGCGUGAGUAACGAAGAAACGGGAGAAUUCACCGCACAUCACUUCAACUGCGGACCGGGCACGGCGUUCGACGACGCCCUCAACGUCUGCAACCACAUCGCCUCGAUCCAGCCACCCUUGAUGUGCCCCGACGAGGACGCGGACGCAGAUCCGGAACCCGAACCAGAAGCGGAACCGGCUUCGGUUCCCCUGCUGGAUCGACCGAAAGUCAACUGCACGGAACCGGGUUUCUUCAGGUUGCCAGGCUCUUGCAACUUGUUCUAUCGAUGCGUGGAUUGGUUCGGGAACGGAACGGCGUUCAGCGUCUUCCAUUUCGACUGCCCCGAGGGACUCCACUUCCACGAAGGAAACAACACUUGCAAUUUCCCCGAACUCAUACAGCCGCCCUGCGAAGAAAACGCGACGGAAGCAACUUCCGCGGAACAGACGGAUUCGACUCCAGCGGAGAGCACGACGACCGCGGAAUCCACGAGUGCGGAGACGAUAAGCGAAUCGGAAUCGACGACCGAAGGGUCGACUACCGAAACGAGGGAGUCGACCACAGCCGAGACGACGAGCGAAUCCACGACCGCGCCCACCACUCAAACGACAGAAACGUCAACAGAGAUCACAGAAUCAACUACGGAGACGUCCACCGAGUCGACCACGGAGACAUCAGCGGAGUCGACCACAGAGACAUCUACCGAAUCUACCACGGAGACAUCCGCCGAAUCGACCACAGAGACAUCCGCCGAAUCGACCACAGAGAUAUCCGCCGAAUCGACCACAGAGACAUCCGCCGAAUCGACCACAGAGAUAUCCGCCGAAUCGACCACAGAGACAUCUACCGAAUCGACCACCGAGACGUCCGCAGAGUCGACGACGGAGACAUCCACAGAAUCGACCACAGAGACAUCUACCGAAUCGACCACAGAAACGUCCGCAGAGUCGACCACAGAAACGCCGACGGAAUCGACCACAGAAACGUCCGCAGAAUCGACCACAGAAACGCCGACGGAAUCGACGACGGAGACAUCCACAGACGCAUCGACAGAAUCGACCACAGAAACGUCCGCAGAAUCGACCACAGAAACGCCGACGGAAUCGACAACGGAGACAUCCACAGACGCAUCGACGGAAACAACAGAGACGACACUGGAACCCCUGACGACGACGAUGAUGCCGAUGAUAAACUUUUCCCUGCUCUGCGGCACCAAGAGAAACCACCGUCACCCGGUCCACUGCAACCGCUUCUACACCUGCAUCUGGGACGGAUGGAACUUCGAGUUCGUCGUGGGCCAAUGUGGAGCAGGCGACGUCUACGACCAGACAUCCGACUCCUGCGUGGAUGAAGCCGAUGCACCA